AUGCGGGGCUGCGGCGGUACAGCAGCGCGGCUGCCGGGGAGCUUUCUACCGCUACAGGAGCUGUCCCUAGCUGGUCCAGGGUCUGUCCCCAGCCGCUACAGGGUCUAUUCAGAGCCGGUUCAUGAGUUUUUCCCAGCCGUACUGCUCGUUCUCCUCGGCCGGCCUGGGGGCGUUCGAGGCGCACGUGGCCGCGCAGCACCCCGCGGUGACCCCGACCCCACUGGGCCGCUACCACGCCGCGCACCCCCCCGGGGGGGGCCCGGCCCAUCAGCACCCCACACCCAACGGGCUCCUCCAGAGGGGCCGGGGCCCCGCAGAGAACGGGCCCCCCCUCCACCAGGGGCCCCCCCUCCUCCACGGGCCCCCCCUCCUCCAGGGGCCCCCCCCUCCUCCAGGGGCCCCCCCCUCCACCAGGGGCCCCCCCUCCUCCAGGGGCCCCCCCUCCACCAGGGGCCCCACGUGGCCCCCCUCCUCCAGAGGCCUCCCAACUUCGCGGCGGUCCCCAAGGUGGCGGUGCCGCUGAGCAGCAGCCGGUACGACCCGGCGCUGGACGUCAGCCCCGCCCUGAUGGCGUCGUUCGGCCGCUUCCCGUACCCCACGCAGGCGGAGCUGAGCUGGCUGACGGCGGCCUCGCGCCACCCCGAGGGCGCCAUCCGCGCGUGGUUCACCACGCAGCGGCUGAAGCAGGGCAUCACCUGGGCCCCCGAGGAGGUGGAGGAGGCCCGCAAGAAGAUGUUCAACGGCUCCAUGCCGCCCGCCCACCACACCUUCACGGCCCCCGCCCCCCGCCGCCGCCGCCGCCGGGCCCCGCCCCCGCUCCCCCCCCCACCGCGCCGCCGUGUCUCCAGCUACGCCCUGGUGCGGCCCCGGGCCCCGGAGCAGGCGGAGCGCCCCGUCAUGGCCGUGGCCCCCAACGCCGGGGACCCCAGGGACAAGGGGCUGAUGGCCCCGCCCCCGCCGCCGCCACCCUUGAAGGACCGCCCCCCCGUCGCCGCGGAGACGAAGCGGCCCGCGGCGACGCCCCUCGUCGCCUCCGACCCCAAGAGGAAGCACCCGGGGGGGGGGGCCGGCCCCGCCCCCGCCCCAGGGGGCCCGCCCCCCCCGUGCUCCUCCCCCCCGUCGCUGGCCCGCCGCUUCGCCGCCCCGCCCCCGCCCAUCAUAGCCCCGCCCUACAAGAACUACCGCCUGCCCCUCCCCCCCCUCUCCCCCCAGGAGAAGCACCCCCUCACCCACGCCCUGCUGGCCCCGGACCCCCGGCCCCCCCCCCCCGGCGGCCCGGCGGCCCAGCAUCAUCCAGCCCCCCCGCCCCCCCCACCGGGGGCCCAAGGAGCAGCAGGGCCGCGAGCCCAGGGGCCCCUCCCCCUGGCCCGACAAGGUGCUGACCCCCCUGUGCGAGGCCAACGGCGUGCCGGGGGGGGGACCCCCAGCACCACGGCGGAGGGGGCGCCCCCCCCCCCGGGGAAGGCCCCGCCCCCGCCGGGUCAGUUCCCCCUGCUGGAGCGCAUGAAGGGGAAGACGGCGGCGCAGCUGGCGGCGCUGGAGGAGGGCUUCCUGCGCGGCACGGGGCUGCCGUCGCACGGCGAGGUGGACGCCCUGGCCGCCGCCGCCCGCCUCUCCCGCCACGAGGUGCGCGGCUGGUUCCUGGAGCGCCGCGCGCUGCGCGACACGCUGGAGCAGGCGCUGCUCAACUCCAUGGGGGCCCGGAGGGUGGCCCCCCCGGGGCCCGACCGGAGGCACCCGACCCCGCCGCCGCUCAACGGCACCCACAAGGGCAGGGGCGGGGGAGGGGGCCACCUCAGGAGUCCUCCUCCUCCCCCCAUCGUGGCCCCUCCCACCCCCGCCCCCCCGCCGCCCCCCCCCUUGAGGGAGGGCGGGGCCUCGGGCCGCUGGCCGUCCCCUGAAGACCUGGUCCAGCUGGAGGCCCGGACCGGCCUGCCGCGCGCCGACCUGCUGCGCUGGUUCAGCGACAGCCGGCCCGCCCUCCACAGGGGGGGCGGGGCCGGGCCGCCGGGGGGGCGGGGCCUUCUGCUGGAGAACCACUGGGAGGGCGGGGCCACGGUCAACGGCCUCGACGCGCCGGAGGCUAACGCUAGCAGGUUAGCCGAGAGCUACUCUAGCAGCCAGCAGCACCUGGAGCUACAGGACUGGUUCAGCAGCCGAUUGAUGCAGCAGAGUCCUCUGGAGAUGAAGGGUGGAGCCGGGGGUGGAGGAGCAGCGGAGGUGCUGGGGAGCUGGGUGGGGAACGGCUGCCUGACGCGGGGCCUGGAGCACCAGCAGCAGCUGGAGGGUUAAAGCUCCCCUGGGGUCACUGCUGUCUCCAUGACAACGCCAGGCCCACCAGAUGAAGACGAGGAAGAUGAAGAGGAUGAGCGUUUUUUUUUAUAACGAAGGAAACCACUUAGUGUGGGUCACAUCCCAUAAUGCCGUGCAUGGGGAGGUUCCCAUAGCAACAGACCUAUCAACUAGUCCGGGACGAUGCCGGACGCUUUCGGAGCGCGUCGUUCGGGGAUUCGAACCCUCAACCUCCUGGAUUAUCCCCCCCCCACUGAGCACGAUGCCUGCACCUUAAACCCCUGAACCUCCCCUUUAAGACCCCCCUGAACCUCCCCUUUAAGACCCCCCUGAACCUCCCCUUUAAGACCCCCCUGAACCUCCCCUUUAAGACCCCCCUGAACCUCCCCUUUAAGACCCCCCUGAACCUCCCCUUUAAGACCCCCCUGAACCUCCCCUUUAAGACCCCCCUGAACCUCCCCUUUAAGACCAGCCUGAACCUCCCCUUUAAGACCCCCCUGAACCUCCCCUUUAAGACCAGCCUGAACCUCCCCUUUAAGACCCCCCUGAACCUCCCCUUUAAGACCCCCCUGAACCUCCCCUUUAAGACCCCCCUGAACCUCCCCUUUAAGACCAGCCUGAACCUCCCCUUUAAGACCCCCCUGAACCUCCCCUUUAAGACCCGCCUGAACCUCCCCUUUAAGACCCCCCUGGCACCUCCCCUAUAAGACCCCCCUGGCACCUCCCCUUUAA